AUGCCCGAAGAUCAAGAACAAAAAGAGGGAGAGGCACUGUACAAGAUCGUGCAAAGCUGUUUUGACGAGCCUCUCUCGAUCGAGAAGGAUCAAAAGACCAUCGAGAUCAAGGUUUCUCCCAUACUUGUUGAUAAUCUCCCAAGAAUUCAACGACGCCAAUGUUUGUCUCUUGUUAACAAGAAUUUGGGUGAUACACUGGCUCGUGUGUUUGGAAAGCACUGGAAAAAGGAGAAAACAGAAGAGAUGCGUGAUCCUGGAUUGGUGUAUCUCUUACUUCAUCACGAUACAGAGUUUGUAGGGUUUGUUUCCAUCAAAGCGGUUGAAGACAAUGAAUCUCAUGUCCUGUACAUCUAUGAACUACAGAUCGUGAAAAACUACCGACGUUUGGGACUCGGCACAAAGCUAUUGGGGAUCUUGGACCACAUCGUGGGACUUGUCAAUUCGGAUCCUGCAUACACCAAAGAGUUCGGCAAAUUGGAAGGGCUUUCACUCACAGUCUUCAGCAGUAACGAAGGAGCCAAAAAGCUGUACUUUUCAAAAGGUUACGAAAUCGCGUCGCAUUCACCUGCAAUCAGAUAUUUACGAAACCGGAAAAUUGAGCCCGAUUAUUUUAUCUUGGUGAAAAAGAAUUUUUAG